AUGGAUGCCAGAAAUGCACGCGAAUGGGACCAGGAACGACAGAGACGAGAACAACGAGGUCUACAGUUUCAGAAUGAGUUUCUCGGUUGGGACUUGAGAGAGAGUCCGCAGUCUGUUCCGUCAGUGACUAGAUCCACAAGAUCGUGCACAGAGUAUGAGUAUACGUCGAGAAAUCCGAUCUUAGUUGAUCACUUGGAUCCUCUUGACGUGGACAUACUGAAUCAGCGACAUGCCUUUGAUUUACCCUCGCAGGCUGUCUGUGAUGCUCUCGUGGACGUGUUCUUCAAGUGGAUCGCACCAGUGUUGCCCGUGAUCAAUCGGCAUGAUUUCAUGUGUCGAUAUCGUAAUCCUCAGAACCCUCCGUCAGUCCUCUUACUUCAAGCCGUACUCAUGGUAGCGUCAAGGUACCACCAUCAUGCGCAGAGCUCUGGGAAUGGCGUAAUCUCUCCGCGCAUGUUCUACAAGAAAGUGAAAGCUUUGUAUGAUGCUGGAUACGAGAGAGAUCCUACCACCGUCCUCCAGGCUGUAGUCUUAUUGGGCGUAUACUGGGAUGGCCCGAUGGUAGACGGAAUAUUCUAUUGGAGUCGUCUGGGAAUAGCUUUAGCUCAGGAACACGGGCUUCACCAGAGUGAGAACUACGUGACACUGUCUGCUAUGAAGAGAAGGAUCUGGAAGCGGAUAUGGUGGACACUUUACACGCGCGAUCGCUCUGUGGCUGCAGCAUUCGGCCGUCCUCUUCACAUCAAUUCCGAAGAUUGCACGGUGGAACCCUUGGAAGAAAGCGACUUUAUUGAGUAUGAUGAGCAGAGCGAUGGUUCGACAGAUCGUAUAGCAGUCCUUUUCUUCAUGCAGUACGUGAAACUUUGCCAACUAAUGGACCUUGGUCUGUGCUUGAAGCUGUCUUCCAGGUCGACGGAGGAUAGUCGGAUGAAGGGGGCUGCGCAAUGUGAGCUUGGUCUGAAUGACUGGCUCGUCUCGUGUCCGUCUGAGCUUCAGUGGAGACAGUCUCGUCAUAAUUUUUGGUCAGCGAUACUGUAUUCGACGUUCUAUACCAUUGUGUGCCAGUUACAUCUUCUGCAAUCUCCGGACUCGUCAAGGGAGGCCCAAAGCUCAGCUUUUCAUGCUGCCACAAGCAUCGUGUCCAUCCUGGAAACGCUGCAGUCUAGGGGCGAGUUAAAGUAUACACCAUCAUUCAUAAUCUGCCAUGCCGUUGUAUCUUUUGUCACACUGAGAAGCCAAAUGGAAGCCUCAAUACCGUCCCUGCUGCAUGCCAUCCGACAGAAUCUGGAAGCCAACCUAGACAUGCUCCAAGUACUUUCGCAUACAUGGCCCAUUGCGGCAAUUUUUCUAGAGCUUUUUCGCACUAUGACUGGCCCGGAACAAUUUGAGCGAAUGUUAUCAGACGCAGCAGAGAAGUGCCGGAAACGGUCGUCCUUCAGAUUCUGCAGAGGGAAACUCAGAAGCAAUUUAACUCGCAAGGCCCGCUCGAAAACGAGUUGA